CAGUCGAGCUAGAUUCCACCGCAGCAUUACCAGCAAAAGGAGUGCCGAUCUUUAUUUGUUCGCUCUUCACAGAGAGGGUGAGAGGGUUUGAGAAUCUGAGAUGGCGUCGUCUGCAUCAGGGGAAGUGAAGGAGGAGGAAGAGAAGAAGCUGAAGCAGAAGCAGAAACAGAGGAGGACGAAGAAAGAGAGGCUGGGAUGGAUAGAAUGGGUGAGAGGGUGGUUCAAUGUUAUAUACGAAAUGCUGUUCCAGAGAAUUAUCGCCAGCCACUUGCAGAACCCUUUGCCUUUACCUCCCCUCAGCGAUCUCACCUGCAUUGUCACCGGUUCCACAAGCGGUAUCGGCCGCGAAAUCGCCAGGCAACUGGCGGAGGCAGGGGCGCACGUUGUGAUGGCUGUGAGGAACCCCAAAGCGGCUAACGAAUUGAUCCAGAAGUGGCAGAACGAAUGGUCCGGAAUGGGCCUUCCUCUCAAUAUCGAGGUGAUGGAGCUUGAUCUUCUCUCUUUGGAUUCCGUUGCGAGAUUUUCCGAAGCAUGGAAUGCACGUUUGGGACCUUUGCACGUUCUUAUUAACAAUGCGGGGAUAUUUUCCAUCGGAGAGCCACAAAAAUUCUCAAAAGAUGGGUAUGAAGAACACAUCCAAGUGAAUCACCUUGCUCCAGCAUUGCUUUCAGUAUUGCUGCUGCCAUCUCUUAUCAGAGGUUCUCCGAGUCGAAUCGUUAAUGUUAAUUCCAUUAUGCAUUAUGUUGGCUUUGUUGACGUAGAAGAUAUGAAUUGUGUUUCUGGAAAAAGGAAAUAUACGAGCUUAGUGGGAUACACGAGCAGCAAGCUAGCAGAGGUUAUGUUUAGCAGUGUCCUCCACAAGCGGCUGCCUGCUGAAGCUGGCAUUAGUGUAUUAUGUGUAUCUCCUGGAAUUGUCCAUACAAAUGUUGCCAGGGAUCUUCCCAAAAUUGUUCAAGCGGCUUAUCAUCUGAUACCCUAUUUUAUCUUUAAUGCCCAAGAAGGUUCAAGGAGUGCUCUUUUUGCGGCCACAGAUCCUCAAGUCCCAGAGUACUGUGAGUUGUUGAAGGCAGACGAGUGGCCCGUUUGUGCUUUCCUUUCUCAAGAUUGUCGUCCUACAAACCCUUCAGAGGAAGCACAUAACGUUGAGACAUCAUACCAAGUUUGGGAGAAGACAUUAGAGAUGAUUGGCCUUCCUUCAGAUGCUGUGGAGAGGCUUAUAGAAGGGGAAGAAGUUAUAUGCCGAUAUGGGAGGUAAUCUGUUUUAAGGGAUGUUUCUUUAGUUGAUUGCAAAGUGAUGGCCAUUCUCUCUAUGAAAUGGACGGGAAAAACUGAAACGACCAUCAUUCUGCAACACCUGCUGCUAUCACCAUUUUGUUUCCGUGGCAGCCCGAAAUUGAUAGGUGCAUAUUUAAUCUUUGUUAUCUGGUCAACUUGUCUCUGUUGCUGUACACUCAUGUUGUUGUGAAGUUCCAGAAAAAGGGUCAUUAGUUUGGACAAUGCUAACACAAAAGUAACAAACAAUUAGGAAUCUACUAUGUCUCUAUGGUUAUGAAUUGAUUUUACAUAUAUAUCUUGUCUGUAUAAGCUGCAAAACUAGCCUCUUUUGAAUAGAUUUAGCAACUUCCAGUUA